AUGUCUGUAUUUGACGGUCAUGCCAACGCGCAGAUGGCCGAAAAACAAGUUCACGCGGUCCAGAUUGUCGGCCUCAGAAACAUCGGCAAGGGCUCUAAGCUGCCUAAGUCUCGAGGACACCGUGAACGACAGGACUACAUUCCUCCCCCUUCGUUCUGCCACGUCCGCAUCACCCGAAAUCAGGACCGACAAUGGCAUCAAAAUCCGCAAGGAAUCUCCAAGCUCAGCUUCCCGGAGAGGUUCGUCAUAUUUGCCGAAAGAUUUUUUGGAGCCUCUCCCCACAAGACUAUCCUAGAAUUAACAUCAUGUCUGGAGAUGCACCGGGACUCUGCUUAUUCCCGCCCCUGCGUCUCUUUUGAAACCUUUGUCCUGCGGGGCUUGGAAAACUUCUCUCUUCUCAUUCACCUCGCCCACCUCUUUCCAAGCCUCAUGACUGACUUGUCAUACUCUACCAGCACCUUCUAUUGCGAAAGCCGUCAUUUUCCACACGCGUAUGAAUCUAGGAUUCGCCUUGACCUCCUCUUUAAUGCUGUCGUAUGCUUAAUGUCGCUUGACAUACCGUCGUCGAACUGGAAUCUGCGGAAGCGUUUCCAAGGUCCACAUUCCCCAAAUUGGACAUCUCCGAUGAAUAUCUAUCUGGUGCAAAAAUCGGUGGAAUUCCUUGGCAACACAACGAUUUUCCCUGCGCGCGUACAAACUCACAUACAAACUGCCUCUCACGCCCGCGCAGGCGCGUCGCGCUUCUAA